AUGGCCUCCGAAAGCGGCGAGAGCAACAUGGAUAGAGAAAUGAUUCUGGCCGACUUUCAGGCUUGCACUGGAAUUGACAACAUUGCAGAGGCAAUCACUCUGUUAGAGCUUAAUAACUGGGAUUUAGUGGCAGCCAUCAAUGGAGUGAUACCACAGGAGAAUGGGAUUUUACAAAGUAACUUUUCCAGUGAGGCGAGCCAGUCCAGCAUGUUCGGACCUCCUAGCCAAUCAGAAGCAGCCGAUGCAGCAGCAGGAGGUUCAGUUCCUCCCCCCUCCUCUUCGUCUUCGUCCUCCUCUCCUGCAUCGUCCUCGACUUCAGCUUUUUGCCCUGUCAACCCCUCCUCCCGACACAUUGUAGAGCGCCAGCCCCGGAUGCUCAACUUCAGGGUGGAGUACAGGCAGCGCACUAUAGAGCUGGUACUGGAGGAAGGCAGCACAGUCGGAGAAAUCAAAAAACUCCUCGAGGCAGAUCUUGGGAUUCCAGUGUCCAAAAUGCAGCUGAAGGGAUGGAAGAGUGGAGAUGUUUCCGAUAGUACGGUGAUGAGAAGUUUACACCUGCCCAAGAACAACAGCCUGUAUGUCCUGACUCCAGACAUCGCUCCUACUGCAAGCACCAGCAAAAACAGUGAUCUCCAAGAGUCGUUAAACCAGAACUUCCUGUUGGUCAUCAGCCACCGCGAGGCCCAGAGGGACUAUAGUCUCAACUUCCCCGGCUCCAGAACCAUACAGGAGGUGAAGAGGAACAUUUCCGACUUGACCAACAUCCCAGUCCGACAUCAACAGUGGGAUGGGUGGCCCGCGUCCGCGUCCGAUGACUCUAUGACGCUCGCUGCCUCCGGGAUCACCUAUCCUUGCCAUCACCUCAGUGUUUGCCGAAGGUCCUCACCAGCCAAUUCCCAGGAACCCACAGAAGAGUGUGCAGAUGUCCAUAUGGUCAGCGACAGUGAGGGGGAUGAUUUUGAGGAUGCAUCAGAGUUUGGUGUAGACGAUUCAGAGAUGUUUGGAAUGGGUUCUUCUACCUGUCGGAAAUCACCUAUGAUGCCAGAGAAUAGUGAGAACGAAGCUGAUGCCUUACUGCACUUUACUGCCGAAUUUUCUUCAAGGUAUGGAGAGACCCACCCAAUGUUCUUCAUCGGCUCUUUGGAGGCAGCGUCUCAAGAGGCCUUCUAUGGCAAAGCCAGAGAUAGAAAGCUGCUGGCCAUCUACCUCCACAAUGAUGACAGUGUCCUCAGCAACGUCUUCUGCUCUCAAAUGAUGUGCGCCGACUCCAUUGUCUCCUACCUGAGCCAGAACUUCAUCACAUGGGCCUGGGAUGUCACUAAAGAAGCCAACAAAGCCAGACUACUCACCAUGUGUACGAGGCACUUUGGCAGUGUGGUGACACAGACUAUAAGGACAUACAAGACAGACCAGUUCCCCCUGCUCCUCAUAGUCAUGGGCAAACGCACAUCCAAUGAAGUUCUAAAUGUUAUUCAAGGCAAUACGACAGUGGACGAGCUGAUGAUGAGGUUAAUGGGAGCGAUGGAAAUCUUCACAGCACAACAACAAGAGGACAUCAAAGAUGAGGACGAGCGUGAGGCAAGAGAGACGGUGAAGAGGGAACAGGACGAGGCCUACCGUGUGUCUUUAGAGGCUGACCGUAAAAAGAGAGAAGUCCAAGAGAGAGAAGAGGCCGAGCAGGUUCGUGUGGAACGGAUGAGAAAGGAGCAGGAGGACGAGAAGGAGGCAAUCCGCUUGUCACUGGAGCAGGCCCUACCGCCGGAGCCCGACGAGGACUCAGUAGAGCAAAUCAGCAAACUGCGCAUCCGCACACCAAGUGGCGAGUUUCUGGAAAGGCGUUUCCUGGGCAGCUGUAAGCUCCAGGUCCUCUUCGACUUCGUGGCCUCCAAGGGAUACCCCUUCGAAGAGUUCAAGCUCCUCACCACCUUCCCUCGUAAAAAUAUCACCCAAUUGGAUUCAGGGUCGACUCUGCUGGAGGCCAAGUUGUUUCCGCAGGAGACACUCUUCCUGGAGGGUAAAGAAUAGGAACUGGCCCUCUGAUAGCUGAGAGGACCGACUGACUGAUGAACUGGCUGGACACACACUAGUCACCGAGCAUGGGCCCCACCAGUCCGGGCCUACACGACACACACACACACACACACACACACACACACACACACACACACACACACACACACAAAACCAAUCCUCUCAGACAUACAUAAACACACUGGCAUGCACGUCCAGUGACACACAAGUGCAAAUAAGCUUCUCUGCCCUCGGCCUGGUCGUGACACAUGAAUGCCUAGUGUACACGUGUUGCACAGAGGAGCAAAGACAGUAUCACAAGCACACAGCCAAACAUUCGCCUCCCCAUCUCUCUCUAUUUUCUCUCUCUCUCUCUCUUUUCUCUCUCUCACUCUCUCUCACUCUCUUUCACUCUCUUUCACUCUCUCUCACUCUCUUUCACUCUCUCUCACUCUCUCUCACUCUCUCACGCUCCACAAGUUCACGUUCCCGACAACACAAAUCAGUACGAUAACAAAAUCAAGAGACUGAGAAAUCUUUCACAGGAAAAAAAAUAGAAAAAAGAAAACAUGGACUUGUUCCCCUUGUGUCCACAUUCAACACACCAAGGCUGAUUUUUUUAGAACAUGUUUUUUUUUUUUGUGUUUGAAAUCCCCAAAAAUGCGGGGGGAAAAAAUGGAAAUAAAAUAAACGGCAAGUAAAGACGUUGCCUGGCAGAAGUCAGGGUGGUUUAAUCUCUACCUGUAUUUCCUCCCUUAACCUGCCCAAACUACACUUCCUGUCCCCUCUCUGCCCUUUCUUCCACCCCUGCAUCCCUCCGUCCGCUGUCUGCCGCGAGGAUGAGACGUGAUGAGAUGCCUGCCCCCCCCCCCACACACACACACGGUUUCCGCUCUCCUUGGUUUUAACACCCACUGCUCCACAAGCCGGCGGACCCCUCAGUUUUCUGUUAUUAUUUUUUCUUUUUUUCUCUUGAUCCUUUUUAAGUUUGAUGCUGUAUUAGUUUUAGUUUGAUAUACAUUAUAUAAAAUAUAUGAAUAUGACCAUCAA